UACUACUUGCAAAUCCGAGGUACCACGUACUGGUUCCUGAAGGUGUUCUGCGAGCAAAACGUCGCCGACGGAGGAUGGACUGUGAUCCAUCGUCGCGACGACUAUGGAGUGCCCGCUGAGAACUUCAAUCGAGACUGGAACGAUUAUAAGAACGGUUUCGGCGACCCCAGCAAGGAGUUCUGGCUCGGCAACGAGAACAUAUACAUGCUGACCAACAACGACGACUACAUGCUGAGGGUCGAACUAGAAGACUUCGACGGCAAUAAGAGGUAUGCACAGUAUUCGCACUUCAAGAUAUACUCGGAAGCGGAAUACUACAAGCUGGAAAUUGAGGGGUACGAAGGAAACGCCGGAGACUCCCUCAACGACCCGUGGUAUGGCUCGAACAACAGCCCGUUUUCUACUUACAACAGAGACAACGACCGAUCAUCGCUGAACUGCGCGUCUAUGCUGAAGGGCGGAUGGUGGUGGAAGUCUUGCGGACGCGGACUCAACGGGCUGUACCUGCACGACCCGCAGGACCUCACGGCCAGACAAGGUAUCGUGUGGUUCCGUUGGCGAGGCUGGGACUACACUUUGAAACGUGCCACCAUGAUGAUAAAGCCCAAGGGCCUGCUUCCCAACACGUGAAGCGGCCCCGACAACCAACGCCCUCCAACUUAUCCAGCCUCUGUUCACUCAUUACCUGGAUUCGAAUCAACAAACUACAUCCAAAUGCCUUUUAAACUGUUUGUCCAAAUUGAACAGAACAUGUCUGUGAUAGCUGCAAUCCAAUUCGACAGAUCAAGUAAACGUCGUAAAAAGAUUAAAACGCGAACAUGCUCUCCGAAUCCAUGUAAUGACAUCGAACAUAGCAGGCAGCUAAGCUCAAUAUUAUGUACCUAUAUCUGUAAAUAAUGUCUCCUAAAUCAUCGUUCAUGUCACUGUCACCGCAUCUUCGCCAUCGUACCAGUAAAAUGUGUCCCGUUGUAAAUAACAGAUGCCAGACUAUUUCAAAGUGCCACAUCACACCCCAAAUUCAUUAAUUUAUUACUCAUGUAAACUUGAUACAUAAAAAAAACUUUCGUUAAUUAGGUUUAUAAUUUAGAUUUAAGUAAUUUUUGUAAUAAGAUGUAAAUAAUAAUAAUUAUACAGCGAUCGAUAAGAUGCAAACAAAAUGACAAUACCUUAAUGUAACUUAAGACAUAUUAUGACCGUGUAAAUUUAUGUGGAUCAAAAAUAUCAAAAUGAAUAUCUACCUUAAUUUACAUCUAUCUAUAAAUAUAAAUACACUAUAUACUCUGACAUACAUAAUAUCAUAUGCUAUAAGGUAUAUUCCUAAUAACAUUAUGUAUAGUUGCACUAUAUUCUAUUGUAUUUAACCACUAGCACUUACACAUCAACGUACCUGAUAUAUAUAGCAGCAAAGUUCGUGUGACACCUCGCACAACAUAAUAUAUACUAUAUACAAUAAUUAUAUAUACGGACACAAUAUACUUAUACUUACACAAUUCAGAAAUCCAAAAAAUCACAGCUUUUACACUUGUAAACUGCCGGCUCGUUACUAACACCAGCCAACAUUGUAAACAAUAAUAUGUCCUCAAGCAAUGAUCAGUAAUAAUCCAUACUGUACUUUAUGCCUAUAUUUCAGGAUUAUUUAUGAUUCAUUGUUCGAUAUGUAACUGUACACAGUUAUAAGUUACAUACACGAAUAUUUUAGUAAAUAAAUACACGUAUUUUUA